UCAGCGAAAAAAAAUAAAGAAAAAAAGGGAAAACGAAAAGUACCAGACUCUCGUAUUUGUAACACACUAAAACAGCAUCUGUUUAUUGUUCGAUGCUGGCAACAAAAACCCUAAUUUAAUCAGCAUCGAUUCACGAUGGGCCGCAAGCCCUAAUACCUUUACCGUUUCGGCUACUUUUUCUCUGAUACAUGUAUGGAAUCAGAGAAAAUCCUACUUUCCCGAGAAAACCCUAGAAAAUUUUCAUCUUUUUCCUAAACCAAUAGCAACAGUAGCAAUAGCAGCAUGGCCAUAUCCAAUGAACUAGCCCAAAAGCAACUACCGUCGAUAUCGGAACGGUUCAAGGCUUUAUUGAAGCAACGGGAAGAUGAGCUCAGGGUUUCCGGCGGUGUUGCUGAUGAUGAUGGGGCAACGCCGACUACGGAGGAGAUUGUUCAGCUUUACGAGGUUGUAUUAUCGGAACUAACUUUCAAUUCGAAGCCCAUAAUUACUGAUCUCACGAUCAUUGCCGGUGAACAGCGAGAGCACGGCGAAGGCAUUGCCGAUGCUAUUUGCGCACGAAUUAUUGAGGUUCCAGUAGAGCAAAAACUUCCUUCGUUAUAUCUAUUAGAUAGCAUUGUAAAAAAUAUUGGCCGAGAAUAUGUUAGGUAUUUCUCUUCCCGUUUGCCAGAGGUAUUUUGUGAGGCAUACAGGCAAGUUAAUCCUAACUUGCAUCCUGCAAUGCGACAUCUAUUUGGCACAUGGUCAACAGUUUUUCCGCCUUCCGUGCUACGUAAAAUCGAGAUGCAACUGCAGUUUUCUCAAACGGGGAACCAACAAUCUUCUGGAGUAACUUCCUUGCAGUCUUCUGAAUCACCUCGUCCAACACAUGGCAUACAUGUUAAUCCUAAGUACUUGCGGCAGUUUGAACAACAGUCAGGUGCAGAUAGUAAUACGCAGCAUGUAAGAGGCAUGUCUGCUGGUCAAAAAUUGUAUGGUCAAAAACAUACAAUUACAUAUGAUGAAUUUGAUUCUGAUCACACUGAGGUUCCAUCCUCACACGUUGGUGUGCAAAGAUUGAGCUCAACUGGAAAUGUUGGCUGUACUUCUCUUGCAAUUGGGGCUAAUAAAUCACAACUUUCUUCAGCUUCCAGAGUUUCAAGACCCUUCUCACCAUCAAGGAUUGGAUCUGAUAGACUUUUAUCAUCAGAAGUUGAUGAUCUUCCAUCAGAUGAUUCUCCUAGAAGGUUUGCGGAGGUAGCCUCUCCAUCUCGUCCUCCUGUCUUUGAUUUUGGACGUGGAAGAGGAACCAUCAGAGAUGAGGAAACAAGGGAGUGGCCAAGGAAGCACUUUUAUGGCGAUUACCGUAAUUGUUCUGAAGGUUCUUUAAAUUCAUACAAGCUUAGUAAUGGAAAUGAGCGCCAAACACUCAGGGCUUUAAUAGAUGCAUAUGGUAAUGAUAGAGGACAAGGAAUGUCUAACAGCAAGCCUGUACAAGUUGAGCGGCUGGAUGUAAAUGGCAUGGGCAAUAAGGUGACUCCAAGAUCAUGGCAGAAUACUGAAGAGGAAGAGUUUGAUUGGGAAGAUAUGAGCCCGACAUUAGCAGACCGAAGGAGCAAUGAAUUUUCAGUGUCAUCUGUUGCCACUUUUGGAAGCAUUGGAGCAAGGCCUGCUGGAUUAGAAUCUAAUAGGAGCAGUCGCUCUAAUCAAACUCAGCUGGCCCUUGAUGAAUCUUCAACAAUUCCUGAAGAUGCAGUUCCUUCACUGAGUUCUGGUCAUGGAUUAAAUCAGAUUCAACGUCCGCGUUAUCCUCAGGAUGCUUGGAGUAACUCAUAUCCUUUUUCCCAGUCAUCACACCAGCUUCAUGCCAAAGGAAGAGGAAGGGAUUUCUGGAUACCCUUUUCAGCUAGUGGUAUAUCCUCGUUAGGUGGUGAGAAAAAUGUCCCUCUUAUUGAGAAAUUGCCUGAGGGUGGUUCACAAUUUGUUAGGCCUCCAGCCCUUGUUCCAAGAUCUGGUUCUUCUAGCCUUGACACUGUUACUGUUGUAACUCAACCAGCCAUGUUACCUUUGACUGCUGGGGCAUGGCCUCCAGUAAAUGUUCCUAAAUCUCAGCCGCCAAAUGCGCACACUAACUAUUCACUGCAGCAGCAUGGUAGGAGUCACUUUGAUUCUUUGAAUCCUAUCAAUGCUGCCAUGAAUCAGGGUCAAAACAAACAUCCAUAUAUGCCUGAACAAUUUGAUAAUUUUGAAAGCAAGGAGCAAAGUUUGAAAACUGUGCCACAAUUGCCUGGACAACGCCCUGCAUUGCAACAGCGAAAUUCGUUGCAUGGAUCUUUGCAGCCACACUUUCCCCCUAAUGACGCUCGAGAUAGUUUUCUUUCAUCCGCAACAGGACCUUUACCACCACGCUUAUUGGCACCAUCCAUGAAUCAUGGCUACUCUCCCCAAAUGCAUGGUGCCGGCAUCAGUAUGGUCCCAUCUAAUCCAAUACCUGUUGCACAACCUCCUUUAUCAAUCCCAAAUAUGCCAACUGGCUCAUUGCAUUUGCAGGGGGGAGCCAUGCCACCUCUCCCCCCUGGUCCUCGUCCGACAUCUCAAAUGAUGCCUGCCGCCCAAAAUGCUGGUCCAUUGCUCCCUAACCAACCGCAGGGCGGUCCAUUCACUGGUUUGAUUAGUUCCCUCAUGGCUCAAGGUUUGAUUUCAUUGACAAAACCAACUCCAAUACAGGAUUCUGUGGGACUUGAGUUUGAUGCAGACCUCCUCAAGGUGCGACAUGAGUCUGCUAUAAGUGCUUUAUAUGCUGAUCUUCCAAGGCAGUGCACAACAUGUGGCCUUCGGUUCAAGUUCCAAGAGGAGCAUAGUACUCAUAUGGAUUGGCAUGUGACAAGAAACCGGAUGUCUAAGAACCGUAAGCAGAAACCUUCUCGGAAGUGGUUUGUAAGUGCUAGUAUGUGGCUUAGUGGUGCGGAAGCUCUGGGAACUGAUGCAGUUCCUGGGUUUUUACCCACUGAGGACAUUGUAGAAAAGAAGGAUGAUGAAGAAUUGGCAGUUCCUGCUGAUGAAGAUCAGAACUUAUGUGCAUUAUGUGGUGAACCCUUCGAUGAUUUUUAUAGUGAUGAAACAGAGGAGUGGAUGUAUAGGGGGGCUGUCUACAUGAAUGCACCCAAUGGGUCAGUUGAAGGCAUUGAUAGAUCGCAGUUAGGUCCCAUAGUGCAUGCUAAAUGCAGGUCAGAGUCUAGUGUGGUUCCCCCUGAAGAUUUUGUACGGUAUGAUGGGGGAAAUCCUGAGGACAGUAGUCAAAGAAAAAGAUUGCGGAGUUAAACUUUAUUAGAUCGGCUUCUAAGCUUAUGUAUAACUUGGUUUGAGUUUCAUGUUAGUCGUAUGCUCUUUCUAAGUUUUAUCUUAGUGCUGGUGGUUGCAGUAGCUUGGCGAGAUGCCAAAACCAUGUACAUGUAUAGUUGAACUUGUACCAUGCACAUUAUCUUGCAGCAAAAAAGGUUACAGAUUCCAUCGGAGCCUUAAUUUUGUUGCAUUCUACUUGUUUCUUUCCUGCAAAAACACAUCCAGAGGAACCCUUUUAAACAUUCUUUUAUCGUGUCGCAGCUAGAAUCGUUAAAAUGUUAUAUGGGGAGUAUUGGUUUGAUUCGUCCA